CAAAGCUUAAAUUUCUGAAACACAAGAUCUAAGUACCGUGCGUCGCCGACUUUCCGGACGGACCCUUGGUACCUAUAGGGAAGCAUAGCACGAGGAGAGGAAAAAAUUUUUGGCCGCUUCUCUAAUUUUCCGAUUAGUAGAACGUCCUGUACCACGUACGCGUGUUUGCGAUGGUCACGCUCCAAAAAUGUUACUUAUUACUUCAAUCUUAUUACCGCUAACGGAGCAUUACCGCUCUUUAAAAUUAUAUCUCCACGAGCCUUGUUCCUGCUUGUCUCUACUGCUUAUCGAUUGAAUUCUGAAUAAUUCAAUUUUAACACGUUGAUCACCGUAUACGAAGACAUGUGUGAACAUAAACCGAGACUUGGGUUCACGUAAUCGCCAGACGUGCCGCAUCCCAGGACGUAAUCGGGACUGUGCAGUAGUGAAAAGAUCAGGGGAAGAGCGGUGCAUCUAAAAGAGGACGAGGAACAGACUCGGAAGAAAGGGGAAGAUAAACGUCGAGGAAGAGGAGAAAGAGAAGCCGGUGCGGGCCACCGGGACACUCUUCUUCAACCCCUUCGCGCGAACCCCAGGAUGUCGUACACCAAUCGAUUCCCUUCGUCUCAGCACACUCGUUAUCGUAGCAGCUGGGGACCCACUUCGGUGACUGUUUUCAAUCGGGCCGACGUACCGAGGCCUUCGCCGGAAGAGGAAGAGUUCGCCGAGUUUUAUCACGAACGUCUGCACUCCGCUCAGAGCAGACAGUUGCUACCGCUUCAAGAGGAUCUGGCUGAUUGGAUCAAUAAAACGUUGAACGCUGACAUCGUGACAGGGGACAACUUCUUCGAGGCACUGGACAAUGGAGUGGUGGUUUGUCGACUGGCGAGGGUCAUCCAGGAGAAGGCUAGAACAGCGAUCGACGCCGGAAGAGCGAAAGGGCCGUUGCCACUGAUAAGAGGAAGAUGCUGGGAGAACGCAGCGAGGCGCAGCUUUUUUUCUCGCGACAACAUGGAGAACUUCAUUCAAUUCUGCAGGCGUCUGGGCGUACACGAGAAUCUUCUAUUCGAGAGCGACGAUCUCGUGUUGCAUGGUCAACCACGUAACGUCGUGUUGUGCCUGCUGGAGGUGGCUCGAUUGGCUUCGAGAUACUCGGUGGAACCACCUGGGCUCGUGCAGCUCGAGAGGGAAAUCGCGGCGGAACAAGAGCGGGAUCUUCACUGUUUGUCCGAUAGCGGUAUAUCCCAUAGUAGCUUGGUUUCAUGGCAAUUUCAAUCACCGUCCCCGACUGCGACGCCCAGACCGCAACCAGAGAAGAUCAAACACAGCAGCUCAGCGUCGGAAGUGGCAAAUACAGGGACGAGAUGGUUAGAUCCAACGACUGGCGUAACACACGAGCCGGAAAUGCGAAGAUCGGUGAGCGAUAAUGGACCAACGGGUAGCGACGGUGUACCUAGCGACACGACGGAGGACGACUGGUCUCGUGGAAGCGCGGAGGAUCCAGACGAAGUUCCAUCACCGUCCAGCUCACCUUUGCCCUCGCCGGUUGAACCUCCAGAACACACAGGACCGAUAACGGAACUCGAUCGCAAGGUGAGGAGAGCGACGGAGGCUGUUCAGAGACUUUGUCAAUGUCCCUCCGAGAAAUGUUCGAAGUUGAAGGUGCGUAAAGUCGGCGAAGGACGGUAUCACAUCGCUGGAAGGAACGUCUUCAUCCGACUUUUGAAAGGGAGACACAUGAUGGUCAGAGUGGGUGGUGGAUGGGACACCUUGGAGCAUUUCUUGGCGAGGCACGAUCCCUGUCAGGUGAGGACCCUCAACCGCGACAGCACACCGCCUUCUCCUCACGGCAACAAGCACGCCAACUUUCUUCCAAUUCGCGCCAAGUAUCGCAGUCCUCCACCGGAAUCCGUCUCGGCCCGCUAGCCUAAAAGCACAGUGCCUCUUACAAGUCCACGCUACUUCACGUUCAUGCUCUUCUACGUGUCAGUCCAUUUUCGACCGGUAGAUAUCCGCGACGUAACGACUGGGUGUCGUUCACAGAGUAAACUAUCGUUCGUUUACCAAAUUGAUUCGAAAGAGAGGAACACCACGCUGAUAGAUGAGCUGCGACACUAGAUGCCUGAUAUUUUCCUUUUCCUCUUUUUUUUUUUUUUUUUUUUUCUCUUUUUCGAACACUUUGACGGCUGAUAUCACGUAUUCGUGAUCUUCAAGCUUAUCAGUUACAAUUUGAAAACGAGUAAUUUUGCGAUGUAAAGUCAUACAUUCCUCGAAAUGUACGGCUCUCAAAGUGUUAGAGAAAUCGAAGUGGUUUUGAUAAACGCUAGUUUUCCUUCUUUCCAACCGCUCUAGGUGGUGCGUUGACGAUAUCGAGGGAUUAAUUCAAAGCUAUCGUUCAAGUUUGAAACGCGAAGAGACAGCAGUAUCGUUGUUCGACUAUCAGCGAAACCGUCCCGGAGAUACGCGAUUUAUAUUACGCCUGUGCUAUUUCACGAUUCAAUCUCCUUUUAUUCUCGUAAUCAUAUACACACCGAUACCAAGUGCACCUAUCUUCGUACAUGCAUAAGAUAUUACAGGGGAUGGCACUAUUUUUUCUUACAAUGUCAUGUAAUGCGGUUGGGGAGCACUAAUGUUUAACGUACGUCCUAACAAGCGUGUUAAUAUGCCAUCUUCUCUCGAGGAAACGCGAUAUUUAAUCUUUUACGAUUCGCCUUGAACGUAUGUAUAGAUUUAGAUAUACACAGCGAAAGGGUUUAAAUGACACGCAUUCCACAGACGACAGGCAUAUUGACGCUUGAUUUGGAAAUUGUCUAACAGAAACAGAAGGGAGGACGAUGCACCUGUGGGUAGAGGUAGACGUAAGACCGCAAUGACCAAAGUUCGGAAUGAUCCGCUGGAAUGAUGGCAAUAAUGGUUUAUCGGAAUGUUGUUUACCUUUAGGCAUAACGAUCUACAUCGAUCGUAGAGUAUCGAGAGGUAAAAGCCAUUUCAGCUUGGAGAUGUCGACUCGCGCACGUAAUUAAAAGCAAGUGCAAUUAAGGAACUCAGGUAAAGUUACUUUCAAUCGAGCUUGUCGCCUUACAUCUACAAAAGAUUAUAAUUUUUCGAACAACUCCGUCUUGGAAUCAAUUGCCAGUAAUAAAACAUAAUCAUGUUGAGAUGUAAAAAUUGUACGAUACAAUCUAUUUUGUAGAGUACUGGUAGAAGGAGAGAAACAAUAUCUUUGAUAUUAUACAUUUGGUCAUUGCAGCAAUCUUUAAUGACGAAUCUCUUAGUGCACUUAAUCUUCCGCGAUAAGCAACGUAAGGCACAUAGAUUGUAAAAAAUAACAGGGUCGGUUUCAUUUUAUAUAAUCUUUAAUUAUAUAAGUCAUUUAUUUAUUGAUCAUAUAUCAUUGAAUAGUAUUCGACGAUUGACACAAAAUAUUUGAAUUUUUAUUUAUAUAAAUGAUCGUAUUUUGUGUUGAAAGAAUGUAUCUUUGACGAUACGAGUUAAAGAAAAAUAUUUUCAUCUAAUUCAUUUAUUUCGAACAAUCAUAUCCACCGACCCUGAAAGUAAUUAAUUACACUUUGGCACAUAAUCGAUACGUAUUCAAUCGGCUAUUACGCAAAAUGCUUCACGAUAACUGCCAUAAUAUAUAUGUUUUGUACUUUUAUAAUAAACACCUAGGAUAAGGAGUUCAAGGAGACUGUGUUGUGUCGAAAUUACAAGACGAUCUGUUUAUUGGGUUCACAGAAAUGCAAGGGCACACUGUGCAAAGGAAUACCAAAGCAAAGAAAUGCGCGACGAGUAGUGUCGGCACGUUGAGGCCAUUAACGUUGUCGUACAAGGCUUUUUUUUUGUUAGACUUUUUCCCCAAGAAAUUCACUGUAUUAUAGCGUUUGUCUUUCGUAAAUUAUUAUUCGACGCGUAGUACGUAAUCCAUUUUCGUUUUUCUAUAAAACGUUCCGUUCGUAUUGGCGCAGAAAUUCUAUUUAAGUUGUAAAUGAUAACAGGACGAACUGCACUAUUAUUAUUAGCAGCGAUCGAAACUAAAUUUAUUUGACAAAUGUAUUUAGCGUCAUUAUUGCUACGCGCGAAUGAAACAAUUUCGCCAUAUUACAUUAUCGUAAAAGUGUUAUUACCUAGUUGGAUUAAGUUGUACAGUAGUGAGCACGGCAGAAUUCCGCUGGGAAAAUGGCUGCCCUGGUUCCCGGUUUUCUGGUUCUCCUCAGAAGCGUCCUCAUCCGCGGGAUUCCGCCUUUUUCCAAAGGCGAUCCGAUUUUCGUUAAAUCACUUUUUUAAUAUUAACAUAAUUAAAAUUAAAGUUCUGAUCAUUUUUGCUCCCCUUAUAACGUUAUUUUUCCUAGGGAAGUCUACUGUGCUCGAUAAUGUGCAUACCUCUUUGUAUUUCAAUGCAGAAUAUUUUCUUUUAUAUGAAAUGAAAUUUUUCACUCGAGAAGGUAUUUAUAAGUUGCUGUCGUUUAACGUUAUCUAUAGGGUCCUUGUAUUAUUCUGAAAAAAAAGAAAAAUGUAAUUCUGUAACGCCAAGUUCUACAGAUUUCGUUGAAAGGAAAAUUAAUGAACUUAUGAAAUGUGUAAAUUAAGUUACAGUGCACGAUAGCCAUCUUCGUUAUCUCAUAAUGAUCUGUUUAUUUUUUUAUGAUCUAUAAUGCGAUACGUUUACAUCGCAUAUCCUAUAACUCAUCUUUUAAUUAAUGUUAGCAAUCAAAACAUGCUUUUGUAAAACUGCGGGCGUUCCGUGUAUUUCAUGGAACGUACAUAGACAGCUAAUCGACGUUAGUUUUACUUGAUUUAAGUACGAUACUAUUGUGUUAAUUGUUAUAUUUUGUUGAACAAUAAAAUAUUUAAUUAUGAA